AUGGCCGCCGAUUCAACCUCCGCCAACACUCCGACCGCAGACUCCGCCGCCGCAACACCCACCAACACCACCACCGCAGCAGCAGCGGCAGCAGCAUCGACAGCAACAGCCACCGCCAACGGCUCCCAAAUCCGACCGGGCGGUGCUCCCGCCCGCGUCUACAUGAAUGAGAAGAUCGUACCGUAUCUGCUUGAAGGGAUGAAGAGCGUCGCGAAGGAACAACCCCCGAAUCCCCUCCGCGUACUCGGCGAAUUCCUGAUUCAGAAAAGUAAUGAACUCGAGCAAGGGGGCGCAACAGCGGCAGCAGCAACGAAAACGCCGGAGUAA